AUGGCUAAGAUCCUUAUUAGUUUAACAAUUUUAUUUCUAUGCAUAGCUGUAGUACAAUGUAAAAGUUAUUAUGGCUAUGGAAAUGGCAAUGGAUUAUCAAUUUAUAACGAUGGAUAUUUUAGUCAAGAUAGUCAAAAUGGUAACGAUAAUGACUUCGACAACUGCAACUGCCAAAAUGGGGGAUUUUGUAGUAAUGGAAGAUGUGAUUGUCCCGCUGGUUACAUCGGUGUCCGUUGUGAAAAUAAAUGCUCUAAUGGAUUUUUUGGCAAAGGUUGUCGUCAAGCCUGCCAGUGCUUUAAUAAGGCCGAAUGUGAUGCAGUCACUGGGGUAUGCGAGUGUUCUUCUGGCUUCACUGGAAUUGCAUGUGGAAUUGGCUGCUCUGGUCGUUCGUUUGGUGAUCAAUGUCGUAGUUCCUGCCCUUGUGCUAAUAAUGCUUUAUGUAAUGCUAUUACUGGAGAUUGUGAUUGUUCAACUAUCGCUGGCUACCAUGGAACAGACUGCAGUCAGCGAUGCGAUCCUGAACGAUGGGGUCCUGGAUGCAGCAAUAGUUGCCCAGAUUGCCAAAAUGACGGCUCUUGUGAUCCAGAAACUGGUCGAUGUAUUUGCAAAGAUGGUUAUAUCGGUACUGUAUGUGAACAGCAAUGCCCUAAAGGACGCUUUGGACGUGACUGUUUGCAAAUUUGCGACUGCAACACAAAUGGUAACGGAGAUGUUAUCGAGUGUGAUCAUGUUACUGGGACUUGUGACUGUCCACCUGGUUUAACUGGUCCAAAAUGUUCGAGAAAUUGUGGCUUGAAUAGAUACGGUCUUAAUUGUCAGUCAAUAUGUAAAUGUGAUGUUGGGCGUGGCGAUUUCUGCAAUCCAACUGAUGGUCUAUGCAAAUGUAGAGCUGGAUACAUGGGAGCUAAUUGCAAUACACCAUGCUCGAAGGGUAACUUUGGGCCGGACUGCGAAUUCCGCUGUAGUUGCAAACAUGGUGAUUGCAAUGCUCAGACUGGCGAAUGCAAAUGCCGAAACGGUUUCACUGGUCCGACCUGUUCAGAUCGGAACAGAGGAAGAUUCGGUGGGUUUUCGCAAUUUAAAGGACUACCUUUCGGCGAUUUUUACUCACACGGCAAUUUAGGUCAUCAUAGUUUUUCUCGGUUGAAUCGUGGGAAGAAGAUUAAAAUAAUUAAGAGUGGAAAAGUCUACAAAUACUAA